AUGGGACUGCUGAGGCUCGUGUUCCUGCUGUCCUGGGCUGCCAGUGCGGGAGGUCUCUAUGGUAACCCAUUAAAUAAAUACAUUAGACAUUAUGAAGGAUUAUUCUACAAUGUGGAUUCCUUACACCAAAAACACCAACGUGCCAAAAGAGCUGUAUCUCAGGAGGAUCAGUUUGUGCACUUGGAUUUCCAGGCUCAUGGCAGGCAGUUCAACCUUCGUAUGAAGAGGGACACAUCUUUAUUUUCGCCUGAUUUUAAAUUGGAGGUUGGAGGAGAAACUGUUAAUUAUGAUACCUCUCACAUAUACACUGGGCAGUUAUUUGGUGAGCAGGGGACUUUGAGUCACGGAUCUGUUGUUGAUGGUAGAUUCGAAGGAUUAUUAAAACCCCUCAAGGCACAUUAUGUGGAGCCAUCUGAGAGAUUCUUUAAGGACCAAGCAGUUCCUUUUCAUUCUGUUAUGUACCAUGAAGAUGACAUUAAGUAUCCACAUAAGUAUGGAUCUGAAGGAGGAUGUGCGGAUUCUUCUGUCUUUAAAAGAAUGAAAGAAUAUCAGAUGUCGGUACAAGAAGAACCAGAGAAACAUGAUCACAAGGAAGACCAUGAAGAUAGUGGUCCAGUCAUCCUACGGAAAAAACGAGCAGCUCAGGCAGAAAAGAAUACGUGCCAGUUGUUUAUACAAACAGAUCAUCUCUUCUACAAACGAUAUGGAGAAACCAGAGAGGCAGUGAUAGCACAGAUUUCUAGCCACGUGAAGGCAAUUGACACAAUUUAUCAGUCAACGGAUUUUAGCGGAAUUCGAAAUAUCAGCUUCAUGGUGAAAAGGAUACGGAUAAAUGUAACAAGUGAUGAGAAAGAUCCUACAAAUCCCUUUCGGUUUCCUAAUAUUGGGGUGGAGAAGUUCCUUGAAUUAAACUCUGAGCAGAACCAUGAUGAUUAUUGCCUGGCAUAUGUGUUUACAGACCGGGAUUUCGAUGAUGGUGUCCUAGGGCUUGCAUGGGUUGGAGCACCUUCAGGUAGCUCCGGUGGAAUAUGUGAAAGGAACAAAUUGUACUCUGAUGGCAAAAAGAAAUCCCUGAAUACUGGAAUCAUUACUGUUCAGAACUAUGGCUCUCACGUUCCCCCCAAGGUCUCUCAUAUCACCUUUGCACAUGAAGUUGGACAUAACUUUGGCUCUCCACAUGACUCUGGCAAUGAGUGCACCCCAGGAGAAGCCAAGAAUUUAGGAUUUAAAGAAAAUGGCAAUUUUAUUAUGUAUGCCAGAGCCACAUCUGGGGACAAGCUCAACAACAACAAGUUCUCAAUUUGCAGUGUUCGAAAUAUAAGCCAAGUGCUGGACAAAAAGAGGAACUCCUGUUUUGUGGAGUCUGGGCAGCCAAUAUGUGGCAAUGGACUGGUGGAGCAAGGAGAGCAAUGUGAUUGUGGUUACAGCGACCAAUGUAAGGAUGAAUGUUGCUAUGAUGCCAAUCAGCCAGAAAACCUAAAGUGCACAUUAAAGCCUGGAAAACAGUGCAGUCCCAGCCAGGGCCCUUGUUGCACCACUGGAUGUACCUUCAAGCGAGCAAGUGAGAACUGUCGGGAGGAAUCUGACUGUGCCAAGAUGGGAACUUGCAAUGGCAACUCUGCUCAGUGUCCACCAUCCGAACCAAGAGAGAACCUGACUGAGUGUAACAGGGCAACCCAAGUUUGCAUCAAGGGGCAAUGCUCAGGAUCUAUCUGUGAGAGGUAUGACUUGGAAGAGUGCACUUGCGGCAGUACUGAUGAAAAAGAUGACAAAGAGCUGUGCCACGUUUGCUGCAUGGAGAAAAUGAAACCGCACACAUGUGCUAGCACUGGUUCAGAAGUAUGGAAAGCUUACUUUAAAGGAAAGACUAUUACGUUACAACCAGGAUCACCUUGCAAUGAAUUUAAAGGAUACUGUGAUGUGUUCAUGCGGUGCCGAUUGGUAGAUGCCGAUGGCCCACUGGCUCGUCUGAAAAAAGCCAUUUUUAAUCCUGAACUCUAUGAAAAUAUCGCUGAAUGGAUUGUGGCACACUGGUGGGCAGUAUUGCUAAUGGGAAUAGCACUAAUAAUGUUAAUGGCUGGAUUUAUUAAGAUUUGCAGUGUGCACACACCAAGCAGCAAUCCAAAACUGCCACCUCCGAAACCCCUUCCAGGCACUCUCAAGAGAAGGCGACCACCACAGACAACUCAACAACCUUCACGCCAGAGACCUCGGGAGAAUUACCAGAUGGGACACAUGAGACAUUAA